AUGAAUGAUAUUUCUAACUGCAAUUUUUUUAAUAGAUUUUUGGAUAGAGGUGAAUCAAGCUUCAAACUCUGGGUUUAUAAAACUGCUCUGGCUAUGUACGUCCUUCAAAACCUUCUGGUUUCAUUGGUCGGCUCAACGUACGUAGCGUAUAAAGUCACAACGGUUUCGGAACUUGAUAUAAAGAUGGACAAACAGAAUCUACAUGGAGCGAAGUCGGUCGUAGAUUUGAUUUUGUUAAUAACCAACAACGCACUUCGUUAUUUUAUCGCAGAAUUUUUCCUGUCUAAGUUGUUUAAUGAAGAUUUGGAUAUACUGGGAGGGAACUCAGGGAAGACUAUUGAAGAAAGUAUCGGUGUACGCAUCCAAUGA